AUGAUCCGUCUAGCUCAACAAACACAAGUACUGAAGGGUAAACCCCCAAAUCAGUUUGUUCCACACCCAAGAAAGAAUUCAUUGACCCAUCCAAUGAAAUUUAACGGCACAAUCGCUAUGGAACAUCAUGAGCCCAGCUAUGCCAUUCCUUAUACACCUUCUUCUUUCAAUAACGCAGCCCUGGGUACAUAUCAGGUAGCACAAACCAACCAUUUUGUUCCUCAUUUUGGUGGCAAUAUUGGUCCCAAUCACAAUAAUCACCUAGCUCAAAGUAAUGGGAACAGCAACAGCAACAAUCAUCACCACAACAACCGCAAUCACCAUAACAAUAACAAUAACAAUAACAAUAACAAUAACAAUAACAAUAACAACCACAACAACCGCAAUCACCAUCAAAACAACCAUAAUCAUGGCAAGUACAACAAUUCCAACCAAGGCAACUCGAUCAGUCCAGAUUCUCCAUGGUUUCAUAAAGUUUGCGCGUUUGAAGAUUGCGUAUCGCAAACGCUUUAUAUGUCGCAAACCCCAAGACGUCAAAAUAUGAAACACCAUUCAGAGCAUCCAAAUUCCAAUGCUAAUCCAUUGUUCUGGGAUUCCAUCGGCAGAGCCAUGGGGUUAUACCAUGAUUUGCUCACUACACCGGAAUUGAACUCUGACCGUGUCUCUAAACUGGUGCAUUUGCUUCACAAUGGGUUGAGAGCAAACAGAAAUCAGUUGACAAGAAUGAACAAGAAACCGGAUUACGACUCUCAAUCGUUUCAUAAGGAGAUGACCAACUAUCUUUGUAAGUCACUAAGAGAGAUCUCCGAAGAUGUCCUUAAUGGCAAAGUGGAAUUAAAUGAAUAUGGGGCCAUGCAUUUAAUCACUGCGUUCAAAGAACUUUUGUUGUUUGAAGAGGCUGUUGAUAUCUGGAAGGCGGCCAUCAAUGGUCAAAACGCCUACACGUCUAAUAUUUUUUUGAAUCCAAGAGUAGUCGGUGUUAUCCUACCCAUUUUAUACGACAAUGGUGUUUCAUAUCCCGAAAUUCAGGCCCUUUAUGAAAAAUCCUCUUCCAUGAUCAAUUAUUUUCACCCAAAUCUUUCUGUUGGGAUGAUCAGAGCCUCUUUGUCCGCUAGCGAAAAUGACAUGGCUCUGAAAUUAUUUCAAAAAUUGUGCCAGGAAUCAACUGAAAUGAAGUACGGUUAUUUGAUAGAAACGCAUCUUUCCUUCAUUGGUGAAUGUAAAGACUUAAAUGUGGCGCAAACAUUUUUUGAUAAAGCUCUGAAUGAUGAGAUGCCAUACAAGAUAGAUUUGCAGGUUUCUUAUGUGAAAUCCUUCUUAAGAAAUAUUUGGAGCCAAACUCGUGAUUUCAACCACAUCUAUCAGAUCUGGUACAAAUCGUCUCUACAUUAUGGUAGAAACGUCAACCAUGGUAUUUCUUCAUCUUUGAAUGACACUUUUUUCGACAUUUUUUUUGAAAACUAUGCCGUCGACAAGAUGCAAGGUUUUCAAACUUUACAAAAUGUUAUUCAAACUUACAACAAUAUCAAGCAUAUAGAUGAACCUUUCUUCAACAUCAUCUUGGCUAAGUGUACUGUCUGGCAUGACCGUAGUAUUUUAGAAUACAUAGAUAAGAGCUACGAAGCUUAUCAUAUCCCGAAGACAAUAGUUGCUUAUAGAAUUUUAUUGAAGUCCAUGGGAUCUGUCGAUGAUGCUUCAAAUGCGGAAAUUUUACAGAGGUGGAUGGAUUUGAUUUGCAAAUCAGAUGAAAUUGGUCAACGAUUCAUUGCGAAUGCUGAUUGGGCUGCUUUAAGGGAUGCCACUGUUACAUGGACCCAAAAUGAUAGAGAUUCCAAAAAAGGUAACAUGAAUAGUGCGCAAAUAAGCAGAACCCCAACUCCUUCACCAUCAUUGACACCAAUGGAUACUCCGACAUCCGAGCAUUUUUUCAACAACGCUCAAAACCAAAUGGACUUCUACUCUCAUCCAGCACUACAGGCCGCAACUGCUUCUGGUGCGUUUGAUGAAUUUGCUUCCGACUCUGCAUCUUCAUCCAUGCCACUAGACGGUAGAAUGGUUUUGUACUUGAAGAUCGUUAAGCGUUACUCCCCAUAUUGCCGUGACUCCAGACAAUUGGCCAGAUUAACAACAGGAACUGCUGUCAAAUAUUCCGUGUUACAAGAGGUUUUGAAUCAAUUCCAAGCUUUAAUCGUCAACGAUAUUCCUAUCCCUCAAUUACAUAAUUUGAAGCCAACGUGUGUUUAA